AAUACACGAAGAAGAAGGGGGCCGCCGGAUUAAACAGUAGAAGAAGAAAGCAUGUUUACCUCUGGUAUGAAAUAAACUAUUACAAAUAGUGUUAUAUUAUCAGUUCAAAUGAGAAAUCUGCCACUGUAGCGGUCAAAGUCAGCAGCGGUGCUUCAGAGACAGGGAGCGGCCGCAGCAUGUGGAGGCCGCCGCUCAGGGCGCUCCGAGUCGGCUUCAGAGCCGCUCCGUCCCCCGGUUCCUUCACCUUCAUCUCCUCCUCCCGACCUGCCUGCUGUGGCAGUUCUGGUAAAACAUGGACCCGACCGACCGGCUUCGACACCGGCCUGAAGACCUUCAACAGUCUGACCAAACAGAAGGAGCCACUCAUCCUGGCCCGGGACGGUGUCGCUACCUGGUACAGCUGUGGACCCACCGUAUACGACCACGCUCACCUGGGUCACGCAUGCUCCUACGUGAGGUUCGACAUCCUUCAGAGGAUUCUGUCCCGGCUGUUUGGAGUGACUGUGAUCCACGCCAUGGUCAUCACCGACAUCGACGACAAGAUCAUCAAAAGAAGCUGGGAGGAGAACGUGUCGGCAGCAGCCGUAGCUCGACUGUACGAGGACGAGUUCAAGAAGGACAUGCUGUCCUUAAAGGUGACUCCUCCUGCAGCAUAUCUGAGGGUCACGGAGAACGUGCAUCACAUCAUCGCGUUUAUCGAGGGGAUCAUCUCGAACGGACACGCUUAUGCCACAAAAGAAGGAGACGUGUACUUUGACCUCCAGUCGAUAGGCGACAGGUAUGGACACUUCGUGGGAGCCGUGAAUGUUCAGGGAGAAGUUGGUGGCUCGGAAAAGCGAGACCCGCGGGACUUCGCCCUGUGGAAGAGGUCCAGGCCUCAGGAACCCUUCUGGGACUCUCCGUGGGGUCGAGGCCGGCCCGGCUGGCACAUCGAGUGUUCCACUAUCGCCAGCUGUGUGUUCGGGAGGCAGCUGGAUAUUCACUCUGGAGGCAUCGAUCUGGCUUUUCCUCACCACGAGAACGAGAUUGCUCAGAGUGAAGCUUUCCAUCAGUGUGACCAGUGGGCCAACUACUUUCUCCACUCAGGACAUUUGCACCUGAAAGGAAGUCCAGAGAAAAUGUCAAAAUCUUUAAAGAACUACAUCACCAUCAAGGAUUUCCUGCAGUCUUACUCUGCUGAUGAAUUCCGGAUGUUUUGUCUUUUGGUCAAAUACCGAUCAGCAAUCGACUACAGCGACAGCAGCAUGUCGGAGGCUCGGAUCUCUCUGGAAACCAUCACCACCUUCGUCCACAACGCUGAGGCGUACAUGAAGGGUCAGCUGCAGUGUCUGCCUGUGCAGGACGAGCUUCUCUGGGAGAGGUUGGCUGAGACGAAGGCGGCUGUGGUCAAAUCUUUGGCCGACGACUUCGACACGCCCCGAGCCGUCAGCGCUAUCAUGAAUCUGGUUUACCAUGGAAACUGCCAGCUCCAGCCCGUUUCCACGUGUCCCGAGGCGGUGAGGAGACCCGCGGUGUUCGGAGCGAUGGUGGCCUUCAUCCGAGACAUCCUGGAUGUGUUCGGGAUCAGUCUGCUGCACACAGAGGCCUCCACUGAGUCGAGCUCCGGCAAUCUGCACACCAUCGUGGAACAGCUGAACCACUUCAGGAGUGAAGUCCGAACAUUCGCUCUGGCGCGCCAGGACGACUCAACGAGCGGUGCCCCCAACAGACGGGCUCUCUACCCAGAGAGGAUGCCCCUCCUGAAAGCCUGCGAUGCCCUGAGGGACGAUCUGGCCCCGCUGGGUGUGCUGAUCAAGGACCGAGGGGCCACGUCCACAUGGGAGAUCAGGUUAAAACAGAGGAAGGGGAGCACUCAGGAGGACUCGUCCAGCUGAGGCUGAACUCUGGCUCUAUCUUAUGUGAAUGGACUGGAGAACGAUCAGGAACCAACGGAGGGCAGCUCGGUGCUGAACUCAGAAACAAUGUUUAUGAAAUGUUAAUUUAUUGCCAAAUGCUAAUUCUAUUUUGUUUUGGGUUUUUUUGCUUAAGAUUUAUACGAUUAAAAUUAAUUAAAAAAAAUUGCCUUCUUUUUUUAAAUUAAAGAUGCUGAUGCCAAAUUACUGCCAAUAUCUUGAUCCACGUCAUUCCCAGAUCCAAACUUGACGGGUUUGGUUCUGUGCCUGUGAGAUUUGAACAUCCAAAACACUCCUUUCACAGGUUUCGCAGAGGUCCUCAGGAUAGUGAGGAAGAUGUUGAAUUGUAGAAGACUGCGCUUCUUUCCAUGAUUUUCUGAAAUAAUAAAAAUAAG